AUGUGUUUGAGUUCCUAAGUGAAAAGUCCACUGUGAAGCUCCUGAAUCACACUGUGUUGUCCAGCAAUAGAGAAUACUCUUGCCAUGUCUGUGCAAGGUUGUGGACCGCAAGGGGGUUUGGUGCUGCUUUGGGACAGAGUAGAACUCUGCAGGCUCGUCUUUUGCUUUUGCUGUAGGGAAGGUUGGGUUGCUCUGCGUAAAUUCACAAACCCACCUGCAGCGGCUGCCACUGUGAUGUCAGGGCAUGUUGCCACGUCACAGUGCUGUCAAGGAAAGGUUACCCUGGUGCCUGGGAGGCCUCAGUGUCCAGAGCAGCUCUUGGGCAGGCUCAGUGCAGGAGGAUCCUCCUGGUCGAGGCGUCUCAGCCAAGACUUUGCACCCUGACGGGGGCGUUCUUUUGUUCUUCUCUCGGUGUUGUACGGUCCGCGGACUUGUGCAGCACUGCUCAGAUGAUGGAGCCAUUCUGUGGAGCAGUUUGCACUGCUUUUUCUUUGGCUUAUUCUGGCUAUUUCUUGACUCACCUGACAAGACACAUCACACGUGGAUGGAGACAAGCCCACCCUGUGAGCACACCACCAGCAUCAGAACCUCCUCUGGCUCUCGCUGUUCCUGAAGAUGAGGCUAAAGAGGAGGGCGAUGCCAAGAAAUUUCCACGUGUUGCCACUCCACGGUUUGAACAUCCCGAAGCAGCCCUGACAGAAGAGCUUUCUGCCGGUCAGGACUCCGCAGCCCAGAUGGAGUGGCAGGAGAGGAUGGAAGGAGGGCUCAGUGUCCAGGAGCUCCUACCAAAGGAGCUGCCUGUAGCUGAGAGAAGACCCUCCUUCUCAGAGCAGGACUUGGUAGUGGUGGAAGAGACAGUGGAGGAAUCGCAGGUCCAGAAGGAUCUGCUCAAGGAGGAGAAAGCUGACCUUAGCCAGGCACUGGCGAAGGCAGGGGAGAGUGUCUAUUGGCUGCUACAGAGGCGUGGUGCUCAUCUGUGCCUCACUGAAGCAACAGCGGUUUGCCACCAGCCCGAGUCAGCUGGCAGGGGUCUGGAGCAGCUGCUCCAGGAGUUCUCUUGCCAAGGGCACGCCCUGGCCCAGGUGACCAGAGAGAAGGAGUUGCUGGUGCAGGAGAGGGCUGCCCUAGAGGCCCGAGUGGCAGCCAUGGAGCGGGACCUACAAGGCCUUUCAGAGCAGCUGGCAGAGGCCAGGUCUGAGAAGGAGAGCGUGGAAUGCAGCCUGUUGGAGGCUCAGCAGCACGUUUCUCAGCUGGAGGGUGUCAGGAAUCGCCUGGAACUCCAGCUUCUCACAAUCAUGCAGGCCAAGGAGGUGAUACAAGGGGACGUGAAGUGCCUUCGGCGGGACCUGGAAGCACAGAGAUCCCUCUUGAAGCGGGAAAGGGAAGACGUGGCCCAGCAGCUGCGGUGGGCAGAGCAGCAGUGCAGCCACACGCUCAGGCUUUGGGAAUGUGCUCAUGAGGCGGAGAAAAGAAAGCUCCUGCAAAACCUGGCAAGGGAGCUGGAAGGCCAGCGUUUGCAGACGCAGGAGCUGCUGAAGCAACAGGAAAGCCUCAUGGCAGAGGUAGAAAGGGAGCACGAGAGAACACUCCGUGAGAUGAUGCAGGAAGUUGCCAGCGUGAAAGCUGAAAAGGAAAAGGUCCUGCAAGAAGUCGAGCGUGAGAAGACUGCACUGCUGGAGAGGCUCUGCCAGGCUCAGGUGGAGCUGCUCCAAACCCGGCAGCAGCUGGGGCAGCUCAGGCAGCAGGUGAAAGAGGAGCGAGACAAUGGGCAGCACAUCAAGGAAAAGCUGGAAGCAGAGCUGCAGGAAACACAGAGGAAGAUGAAGGCAGUGGAGAGGAGGCAACAGGAAGAGAUGGAAGGAUUCCAAGAGGAAAUCCGUCUCCUACUUCAGCACUGGGAGGCUCUACAAAACCAGGUCCUGCAAGAAAAGGCACGUGAGAAGACUGCUCUCUUGGAGAAGCUGUGCCAGGCCCAGGUCGAGCUGCUCCAAACCCGGCAGCAGCAAGGGCAGCGCAGGCAGGAGGAGAGAGAGGAGCAAGACAAUGGGCAGAUCUACAGAGGUGAACCUGCCAGCGAACCUGCUGCUGCAGCAGCCCCCUGGAAUGCAGCCUCCACUCCCCAGCCUGAGAACUCAAGCACCAGCAGUUCGUCCAGCUCCCGCCUGGUCGCAGAGCAGCUGCGAGAGCUGAGAGAAGAGGAGGCCCUGAAGCUGCUGAGGAGCAUUGUGAGCCUGGGAGAUCCGCUGACAAAAUACACGGGAUGGGAAAAUAUUGGCCAAGGGGGCUUCGGAACCGUGUAUAGAGCAUUCGAUGCUGUCACAGGAGGAGAGGUGGCCAUCAAGCAAGUCAAGCUCCACCAACAGAGCAAAGAGGAACUCCUGAAAGAGAUCCUGAUCCUGAGGGAUAAGAACCACCCCAAUAUCGUUACCUAUUUCGACAGCUACCUUAUCCGUCAGGAGCUCUGGCUGGUGAUGGAGCACAUGGAUGGAGGCUCUUUGAGGGAUGUUAUUAGCGAGACCUGGAUGGCCGUAGGACAGAUAGCAGCUGUCUGUCAGGAGUGCCUUCAGGGACUGGCUUUCCUUCAUUCCAGCUGGGUCAUCCACAGAGACAUUAAAAGUGACAACAUUCUUCUGCGCCUGGACGGAGCGGUGAAGUUGGCUGAUUUUGGCCUCUGUGCCCAGCUCACACCUGAGCACAGGAAACGGAGCUCCAUGGUCGGGACUGUUUACUGGAUGGCCCCUGAAGUUGUGAGAAGCCAACCCUACGGCCCCAAGGUGGACAUCUGGUCUCUUGGCAUUGUGGCAGUCGAGAUGCUGGAAGGAGAGCCUCCUUACUUUAAGCAAAGCCCUUCCAUGGCUCAAGACCUGAUAGCCACAGAAAGGGCACCAAAGCUGCAGAACCCCUGGCUACACUCCUCUCUCUUGCAUGACUUCCUGAACUGCUGCCUGCAGAGGGACGAGGAGAGGCGAGCGUCUGCCCAGGAGCUUCUGCAGCAUCCAUUUCUACAAUCAGCCGAGCCCCUCUCCACACUGGUUCCUGUGAUUGUUGCAGCAAAGCAGUCCAGGGACUACAGGAGAUAACCAGACCAUCUCAGGAUGGCUUUCUCUGAGUGAUACUCAGAAUAA